AUGGACGAAAGCGGGGUGCCCCGGAGCAUCUGGGAUGGAGACGCCAAAGCCGUCCAGCAAUGCCUGACGGACAUUUUCACCAGCGUCUACACCACCUGCGACAUCCCGGAGAACGCCAUCUUCGGUCCCUGCGUGCUCAGCCACACCUCGCUCUACGACAGCAUCGCUUUCGUGGCGCUCAAGUCCACGGACAAGAGGACCGUCCCCUAUAUAUUCCGGGUGGAUACCUCAGCGGCCAACGGCUCCUCCGAAGGCCUGAUGUGGCUUCGCUUGGUCCAAUCAGCUCGGGACAAAGAGGAACAGAACCUGGAGGCCUACAUCAAGAACGGACAGUUGUUUUACCGCUCCCUGCGGAGAAUUGCCAAAGAUGAGGAGUUGUUGGUGUGGUACGGGAAGGACCUGACCGAGCUGUUGCUGCUGAGCCCCAUGAGGUCCCAGAGCAAGAUGAAGGUUUCGUCUCCGCACACCUGCCUGGACUGUGGACAGCGUUUCCAAUUCGAGUUCCCCUACGUGGCGCACCUGCGGUUCCGCUGCCCGAAGAGGCUGCCCGGGGCGGACAGCAGCCCAGCCCAGGACCCCAGCCCCAAAAACAGCAGCCCCAAGGAGCACGAAGGCGCCAGCAAGUUCCAGGGCAAACCGGCCGGAGGUGGCCAGAUCCAGCCCCCCACCCACCGCCACCACUAUCACUGCGGCCAAGACAGCAACGGCGUCGUGACCAAGCCGUCCACGGACUUCCACAACCUGGCCAGAGAGCUGGAGAACUCGCGACCGAGCAGCGGCAGCGUGUCUCCCGGCAGUCGGGAGCAGCAGCAGCAGCCGGCGGCCGGCCUCGACGGCCACGCCAGCCCCGGAGGCAAAGCUAAGCGGAAAUACUCCGGAGGAGGAGACACCUUGGCCGAAGAGCGAGGCCCGUCGGGGCCCAGGGGGCGCUUGGAGAGGCCGAUCCCUUCCUCGCCCAAGGAGGAGCUGGUCUGCACCCCGCAACAGCAAUACCGGCCGGCGGGGAGUUACUACGGCUUGGACGACGCCAGCCGCCUCUACCGGCCGCCCAGCCCGGACACCGGCGACGCCAAGAGAAGCGCCUUCGUGGAGGUGAAGAAAGCCUCGCGCGGCGUGGACAACACAGCCGGUGGGGACGAGGAGAAAGAACAAGGCUCCCCGGCAGGCGGCGGCGGCGGCUCCGGCUCCUCCUCGACCGCGGACAAGCCGCCUCUGUCCUCGCUGCUGGGCGGCCGCUCCGCGGGCAGCGCCUUCUCCACCGUGCCCUCCUCUCAGGCCUCCGGCGCGGGCAACCCCGAGGAGCGCAAGAGCGCUUUCUCGCAGCCGGCGCGCUCCACUUUCUCGGCGCAGCUGGUGCUGGGACAGAAGUUGAGCGCACUGGUGGAAGGAGGAGCAGGAGGCGGCGGCGGCGGAGGAGGCUGCCACCCGGGCGCAGAAGGAGCCGCGCGUCUUUACGCAUCGGAGCCGCACAAGCUGCCCGGGGCGCCUGGAGAGCUCGGCAGCGGGACAGGUGCGGCGGGAGGAACAGCAGGAGGAGGAGGAGGAAGUGAAGGAGCCGCUGGAGGAGUCGGGCCGGGCGGAGGAGUCGGAGGAGGAGGUGGGCUGCCCAAGCAGAGUCCCUUCCUCUACGCCACCACCUUCUGGCCCAAGAGCUCGGCGGCGGCCGUGGCUGCGGCGGCGGCGGCGGCGGCCGCGGGCCCCCUCCAGCUCCAACUGCCUUCGGCUCUGACGCUGCUGCCGCCCUCCUUCACCUCGCUCUGCCUGCCGGCUCAGAACUGGUGCGCCAAGUGCAACGCCUCUUUCCGCAUGACGUCCGACCUGGUGUACCACAUGCGCUCCCACCACAAGAAGGAGUACGCGCUGGAGCCGCUGGUGAAGAGGCGGCGGGAGGAGAAGCUCAAGUGUCCCAUUUGCAACGAGUCCUUCCGCGAGCGCCACCACCUCUCGCGGCACAUGACGUCGCACAACUAA